AUGCUCCGUGCACACGGUCCGUGGCCCAUUCCUACGCAGAGCAAUUUGCUGCGCGGGGCUGGGCUGCGAGCUGCGCAUCUGGGGGUCCCGGGAGCUGCCCGGAGCGUGUCGGGGCCGAGGCCGGCGAGCGGGGUCAGGAUGCCGACCAGCGUGGUGAAGGUGAACAACAUGGAGGUUUCCACUGAGGGCUCGGACAAGACCGUCAUCAACAUCAACGUCAGCCAGGAGUCGUCGCUGGCCUUCCUGGUCAGGUCCGUGCAACGGGCAAGGGCCAGGCCUGGGGCACCCGCCAGCCAGGGCCUUGCCAAGGGCUGCUACCGCGGGGAGCCGAAAGUGCUGGGGGCCUGCCAGGUGCUGCUCGGGAUUGUUUGCGGGGCCAUUGGUGUGAUGCUCAGCUUCGCGCCGGACACGCAGGAGUUCUGGUGGGGAUCCCCGUUCUGGACAGGCGCUCUGCUCAUCAUCUCGGGAGUCUUUUGCAUUGUGAGCGAGAAGCGUGGCACCAGCUGCUGGGUCUUGCUAGCUGCGUUGCUUACCCUGGCCAGUGCCAUCUCGGCCACCGUGGCUGUGAUCGUGGGGGCGCAGGAUGUGGCGUGGACUUUCUACCUCGACGAAGCCUCCAAUCUGUGUGACUCGUACCCAUCGCCGCCCCCGGACUCCGACGUCCCCUGGAGGCAGCAGCGGUGCAGGAAUGAGGUUGGGAGGUUAGAGAGCCUGUUCCUGGGCGUGCGGCUGCUGCUGCUGCUGACCAUGGCCACCGGCCUCUGCAUCGCCUUCUACUCCUUCCUCUACGGCUGCUGGGCCCUGUGCUGCAGGAAGCAGGCCGGGGCCGACGCGGUGGAGAGCAAGGAGCCGCUACUGGCCUCUGACUCCAUCCUCCCACCGGAUGAGGAGAAAGCCCAGGAGGGCCGGAAUAUCUGAGCUCCCAGCCAGGCUCCAGCUUCGCUCUGCCGGGUAACCGCUCUGCACAGCCCGAAUCCCUCCCGCCUCCCUGUCCUGGCUCUCGAGCUGGGGCUUCCCGCUGUUCCCCCUCCUGUACUAACUGUGUACUACUACACUAACUGUAGCCAUGUACUAGGGCGAGGGCCUUCCCAGGCCCUGCUCCGAACAGGGCAGCAGCUGCUUGGAAAUAAACCGUCUCCUGUGAGUCUGU